UGCAUCCAUUACCCCUACAAAUUUCUUGCCUCCACACUUGAGAGAGAGAGAGAGAUGGAGAGCUUAUCUUCCAAACAAUUCUUUGCAUCUCUUUUCAUAUUGCUUGCCAUUAGUUCCUACAUAAACUCAAGCUUAGCUGCUACACCUACACCUAACAAGGUUAGCACUGAGUUCAUUAAAACAUCUUGUAACUCAACAACCUACAAAAAGCUUUGCUUUACCUCUCUCUCAACCUAUGCAAAUUUAAUCCAAACAAGCCCUGAGCUUCUUGCCAUGACAGCCAUCAAUGUAACUCUAUCAUCAGCUAAAUCAACCUCUACCAUGAUGGUAAAUCUCUCUAAAAGCCAGGGGAUUAGUCCUAAAGUGGUUGCGGCAAUGAAGGACUGUGUGGAGGAGCUUAGUGAUUCAGUCUACGAGCUGAAAAAGUCUAUAGGUGAGAUGAAAAACAAUAAGGGCUCUAACUUUCAGCUUAUGAUAAAUGACAUUCAAACUUGGGUUAGUGCUGCUUUGACUGAUGAGACUACGUGCUCUGAUGGGUUUCAAGGAAAAGCCAUGAAUGGGAACGUGAAGACCCUUGCGAGGGCUGGGAUUGUGAAUGUUGCGCAUUUGACCAGCAAUGCCUUGGCUUUGAUUAAUCGAUAUGCCUCUCUUUAUGGUUAAUUAGCUUACUUUUAAGUGAGAUUAAUUAUACCAUAUUAAUUUUGUAUAAGAAAAUAAGAAAAAGAAAAACACAAAAAUGUAGAUGCCUAUGUAAUAUCAUAUUUGGUGUGGUACCCAUGUAUGUGGUAGUAGUUGUGUAAUAUUAUAUUUGGUGUGGUACCCAUGUAUGUGGUAGUAGUUGAUGCAUGGUGUAAGUAGUGAUUUGUGAUGCCACAUAGAGAAUCCAUGUGGCUAUUAAGGAUCGAUUGAGCUACGAGCUUGACAUUAUUGGUGUUAGCAAGUUGUAAAGUGUAACUGUUGCUAUUGUAAAAUGCAAAAUUUACGUUCUCUA